CUUGUCUUUCUGCCGCUACAGUGUGCGCAGCUUAGAGAGGCAGAGCAGCGAUGGACCAGCCUGCAGACCCGAAGAAGAAGAAAGGGAGGCUGACGCUGGUGCUGGCCUUGGCCACACUGAUCGCCGCCUUCGGCUCAUCCUUCCAGUAUGGGUACAAUGUGUCCGCAGUCAACUCGCCCUCUGAGUUCAUGAAGCAGUUUUACAAUGAAACCUACUACAACCGCACUGGGGAGUACAUGACGCCCGUCCACGUCACGCUGCUGUGGUCUCUGACUGUGUCCAUGUUCCCAUUUGGGGGCUUCCUCGGGUCCCUCCUGGUCGGGCCCUUGGUGAAUAAACUUGGCAGGAAAGGCGCCCUGCUGUUCAACAACAUAUUUUCCAUUGUGCCUGCGAUCUUAAUGGGGUGCAGCAAGGUUGCCAAGUCCUAUGAGCUCAUCAUAGUUUCCAGACUUCUGGUGGGCAUCUGUGCAGGUGUGUCUUCCAACGUGGUCCCCAUGUACUUAGGGGAGCUGGCCCCCAAGCAUCUGCGGGGAGCCCUCGGGGUGGUCCCCCAGCUCUUCAUCACUAUCGGCAUCCUGGUGGCCCAGCUGCUCGGCCUGCGGAACGCCCUGGCGAAUGACGAGGGCUGGCCCAUCCUCCUGGGACUGACUGGGGUCCCCGCAGCGCUGCAGUUGCUCCUGCUGCCCUUCUUUCCCGAGAGCCCGAGGUACCUGCUGAUUCAGAAGCGGGAUGAGGAUGCUGCCAAGAAAGCGCUGAGGAGGCUGCGUGGCUGGGAUGACGUGGCUGAGGACAUAGAGGAGAUCCGGCAGGAGGACCAGGCCGAGAAGGCGGCCGGCUCCAUCUCCGUGUGGAGGCUGUUCACCCUGCGGUCCCUGCGCUGGCAGCUCAUCUCCAUCGUGGUCCUCAUGGGCGGCCAGCAGCUGUCAGGAGUGAACGCGAUCUACUACUAUGCAGACCAGAUCUACCUGAGCGCUGGGGUCAAGGCCAACGAUGUCCAGUACGUGACGGCCGGCACAGGUGCCGUCAACGUGUUCAUGACCAUCUGUACCGUGUUCGUGGUGGAGCUCUGGGGCCGUCGCCUGCUGCUGCUGCUUGGCUUCUCCACCUGCCUCUCAGCCUGUGUGGUGCUCACGGUGGCCCUGGCACUGCAGGACCAGCUCUCCUGGAUGCCCUAUAUCAGCAUCGCCUGUGUUAUCAUCUACGUCAUAGGACACGCCAUCGGGCCCAGUCCCAUCCCAGCGCUGCUCAUCACGGAGAUCUUCCUACAGUCCUCGCGGGCAGCCGCCUUCAUGGUUGGGGGCAGUGUGCACUGGCUGUCCAACUUCACCGUGGGCCUCAUCUUCCCGUUCAUCCAGGAGGGCCUCGGGCCCUACAGCUUCAUCCUCUUCGCGGUGAUCUGCCUCCUUACCACCAUCUACAUCGCCAUGGUCAUCCCAGAGACCAAGAACAGGACCUUCGUCGAGAUCAACCAGACCUUCGCCAAGAUGAACAAGGUGUCCUCAGUGCACACCGACAAGGAGGAGCUGGCUGACCUCCCACCAGUCACUGAGAGGCAGUGACACCACCCAGGGAGGAGCCCAGUUCCUUGUCAGCCCACAUUUUUUCCUGGGAUUCACUUCCUGAUUUCCAGUUGUCUGUGACAUCCAGACUGGAGAUGUGCCUGGGCUGGGACACAGGCUGCGUGGCCGACCGCCCUGCCCAGCAGGGUCAGUGUGGUGUGCUUCUCUGCUUCCCUCAAUGCCCACUGUCCCCUGCAGCCUGGCCAGCCACCAGCCCUGGGAUGGACAGCCACUUGUCACCCCUGUGGUAAACCAGAUGGGGUGGCUUGGCACAGACUUUCUAACCAAGUCAGCUGCCACAGAGCCAGAGGGGAGGAAUUCAAUUUUGCCAGUGAAACCAGCCCUUCUCUGUGGCCCCCACGCAACUCUUGGGACCUCCUGGGGCCCAAGCUUUUGUGCAGAACUGAAUUCAGGCUUUGACCUGAGCCCUGUUUCAGAAACGCCUGUCUGGGAAAGUGGGGUGUCAGGAAUAUGGCACAGAGAAAGCUGGGGAUCGGUUCCCGGGAGACAGCUACUGAGUCGAGUGGAAAAUGGAGCUGUGUCUAUAGAGCCAAUAAAACACACCUGGCUGCGCUGGCCAAGA